CAUCAUGACGUGAUGUUUAGAAAAAAGUAUAUAUUAAGUGAUGCCCAUGUAGUUAUUCACAAACCUCGUCUCCACAAAGAAACGCAACAGAUCUCACAACAUGGCCGGCGGUGUAUAUGUCGUCGGGGUGAUGUUCCUUGUGAUAUGCGCGGUGUCAGGCACAGCCGACACACGCUGCGUGAAAACUUGCAAGGGUAUUCCCAGCGGUAAAUAUCAGUCGUGUAGCGGCUGCAAUCAGGUCAUUGCCUGCUACCACGGGUUCAAGAUUCCACUCAGGUGCCCCUGCGGGACGGUAUGGGACGAUCAAGUGAAACGUUGCCAGCAGACGUCGUCGACGUGUCUAGAAAGAGGUAACAACCCCUGUAUAACGAACUGCACGGCUCUACCAGAUGGUAACUACCAGUCAUGCAAGGGAUGCUCCCUGUAUGCAUCCUGUCGUCAACGGCGAAUCAGACUCAAUAAAUGCUCCCCAGGAACAUUCUGGGACGAUUCCCUGAAGAGAUGUGAGAAGAACUCCUCCACCUGCCCUGGCCCCACCCUGGCCCACCCCUGGCCCCACCCUGGCCCCUCACCACCGUCUAACCGGUGUGUCUCGAGCUGUGCCGGAGUUCGCGACGGCGACUAUCAGUCGUGUAUUGGAUGCCAGGUGUUCGCCUCAUGCGCCCACGGUCAGCUGUUUGACAACAGAACCUGCCCAGGCAAUCUAGUGUGGGACGAUUUCUACAAACGAUGCGAAGGGAUCUCAACAACAUGCCCCACUGGAGCGCCAAGUCCAUGCAUGAAGAACUGUACAGGGAAACCCGACCUGACGUACCAGUCCUGCACCAGCUGUAAGGUGCACGCUAAAUGUGACAACGGCAAACUGACCGACAACAUCACGUGUCCCAGCGGCCUUCUGUGGGACGAUUCACUGAAGCGUUGUGAAAAAACAUCGAAAACAUGUACACCAAAACAACCCCAGGGUGCUCUCACUGAAAUACGCAAAUAUCCCUGCAUCACAAACUGCACCGGAAUGAACGAUGGUGACUACCAGUCCUGUAAGGGCUGCAACGUGUACACCAUCUGCUCCAACGGCAACACCUUCGUCAUGCCCUGUUCUGCCAAAACCGUCUGGGAUGACGCCGUCAAACGUUGCCAGGGUCACUCCACCACGUGCCCGGGAUCUGACUACCUCACAUUUGAGCCUCAGCACACGGAAGAGUAAGUCAAGAAUGUGACUGUGACUGACAUCCGCGAACAUCCAAGGGAUAUAACCCUAUAGCCUCCAAUGACUGCCUCCAUGACCUGGACACUGCCCAACAACUGUGAAACAUUGUCACAACGUUUUGUAAAUAAAUGAGUUAGCAUAAAACA